ACAUGUUUGCCCGCACGGAAGCGCUUUGGAAGCGUUAGAAGAAGAAGGAGCAGAAAAAGAAGCAGCGAACGCUCGAAGGAAUACUUUAAAAAAAACAUUUUUUGUGUGACUCCAAAGGCAACAGUUUGCUGCGGUGGACUUGGUGUUUGUUGGCUUUUUAAAAUCAACAUUUUGACACGAAACCACGGAGGACGAGGGGUUUUUUUUACGCACAGCCACAGUGGAGAAGGACGUGACGACGGCGGCUCUUGUAGGUGCAUUCUUCCAACUUCGUCGAAUAAGCUGCACGACUUUGGAGUCAUUAAAAGUGGACGCUUUUGUUGCAAAAGCUGCUGGAUGAAGUCGUAAAAAGUGUUAAGCUCGGCGGCUGAGGAAGAAAGUGGUGACAUUGCAGCAUGCAUGCACGUUAAAUGUGGAAAAGUGUGGACGCUUGCAGCCUUCACAGAGGAAGAUGGAGGUGUCUUUAGUCCAGACUGCAUCCUCUAAUGGUCCUCCCUGCCUAAUGGACCACUGACCCCGGGAGCUCUUCGUGUAAAAGGUUAAGUAUGACAGCUGCAGCGGGUGUGCUGACAGGCUUGGCAAAGCUAAAGCGCCAAGACUCCGCCCGCUCUCAGCAACGGCCCAUACCGCCAACAUCAGCGGGCCUUGGCAAUGCUGCCUCAGAGGGUGCUCCGAGGAAACGUAAGCGCCGUGCGGACGUUGUUAUUGUGCGCGGCAGGCUCCGCCUCUACUCUGCAUCAGGGUUUUUCCUGCUCUUGGGCCUGGUGAUCCUGGCAGUAGGGAUUGGCAUGGCCACACUGGGCUACUGGCCACAAAGUGAAAGCUCAUCCUCAGGUCAGUCCUCGCCUGGAGGAGGAUCUAAGGCCCAAGCUGACGGGGGAGCCAAAGUGUCCGCCUGGGGAGAUGCGAGCGGCGCCAGCGUGGCUGCUGCAGCAGAUGACGCCACAGGGAACUCCAGCACAAGUCGAAAUGUGGAAGGUUCGGCUUCCAAGCAACCGGGGGGCGCUCUGACGCGGUUCCUGGAGCAACAUCGUCACUCUGAGAGGAUGAAGAUGCUUGGGCCCUUCACGAUGGGAAUUGGGAUUUUUAUCUUCAUCUGCGCAAACGCUAUUCUCCAUGAAAACAGAGACAGAGAGACAAAGAUCAUCCACAUGCGAGACAUGUACUCCACAGUCAUAGACAUCCAUCGCCUGCGGCAAAGGGAGCACAAGCAGCACCUCCAGAACAACAACAUCUAUGCAAGAGAAGAUCUCCGAGCCUUCGGCGCCGAGUACAACCCGCUCCUGGACUUUCCCUCUUGGGCUGGAGCUGGAGGGGUCUCUAUGGAGGAGGAGGUACUGCUUGGGGAUGAGGAGGUCGACCAGCAGAAGGAGCAGAUCAAGUUGGACUACAGCUUCGCAGGGCUGUUGGCGCCGCUCUACAAGGAUCGGGCUUUCCCUGGGUUGGGUCCCUCAGACUCGGUGCGCCCCCAGUGGUCAGUGGACGGGGACAGCGAGAAGGGAGGACACCACGCGCGCUCCAUAGUGUCCUCCUCCAUCUCGGCAUUUACACUCCCUGUUAUUAAACUUAACAACUGCGUCAUCGAUGAGCCGGAGAUGGAGGCCAUUACUGAGGAGGAGAGAGGAGGACACAGGAGAGACGGCAAGAGGUCACAACCUCUCAGCGCCAUGGAGUCUCUGGCGGUUCCGGUGGCGUCUGUUGCUAAGGCCUCCAAACCACCGGGCUUGCACCGGAGCAAUUCCGCAUACUCCUCAUCAUCCUCCUCCCCCCGCUCGUCAGUGUCCUCAUCCUCCUUGUCGCCAGCUCCGUCCUCUACCUCGGGCUGCUGGCUGUCCCCUGGAUCAGCCAGAGCCGACUUUGGCUCCAACUCAUCCCUGCACAUGCUCAGCAGCCACUCCAAGUCUCUGGACCUGGAGCGCAGGCCCAGCAUGCUCAGCGUGCACCGGGAGCAGCGCAAGCACCCCAGCUGGCCCCGCCUGGACCGCAGCAACAGCAGCCGCAGCAUCGCCAAGGGCUACACCCGGCUGGAGGACAGAGAGGACCACGGGGAGCGCCUCUUGGAUGUGGCGCCGCCUGCCGCGGCCAAGCAAGACUACAGCAAGCGUGAGAAGCUGCUCAUGAUAUCGAGGUCGCACAACAAUCUGAGCUUCGAGCACGAUGAGUCGAGCGGUGGCGCGCUGAAGAGGGGAAGCUCUGAGACCCGGUUCUGAGGGGUUCAAAGAAGUUGGUUUUGUGCUUGUUUGUAAAGCCAAUGGUGGGCUUUUUGCGACAAGCUGCACUUUGCAGGGAAGCAACUAAAAGAUGCUUGAAAGGAGAGCUGGAGAACAGUUUUGACAGGAACACAAGCAGGGCACAAGGUUUUUGGGUCAAUGUGAUUCUGCCACAAAAGGCUUUAAAAGUAGCUUUUUUUGUGGUGUUAUUCAAUAAAAGGUGGCAGCUGUUAUUCCAGCAAGGUCAGUGGAAGUUGUUUUUUAAGCUAGGUCUCUUCACCAGAAUUGAGGAAAACUAGCACUCCUCCAAAGCCCAGCAACUUUAUUUAGGAUCGGCACCGUCAAAGAACCUUCAGGGCAGCAUUUGUGUUUCAAAAUAUGGGAAAUAUAGGCGAAAACAGGAGAAACAAGGGAUUUUCAUUGAUAGCCAUUUUUUCAUUGAUGGUAAAAAUACAGCAACGAGAGAAUGCCGUCAACUCACCACCGGGUGGUGAUCGGUUGACAGCUGCGGCCAUCUCGUCACCCGAGUGGCCAAAACAUAUGGCCAAGUCCGAUUAAAUGAACAUGAAGUCGAUCAUCGAACUGCGGCCCAGGGUGCCCUGGUGCCGAGUGCACAUAUGGACUCUCCAGGUCGGGGAUGAGAUCCUGCCCCAAGUGGAGGAGUUUAAGUACCUUGGUGUUCACGGGUGAGGGAAGGAUGGAACGCGGGAUCAACAGGCGGAUUGGUGCGGACUCUGCAUCGGUCCCUGGUGGUGAAGAGGGAGCUGAACCAAAAGGCAAAGCUCUCAAUUUACUGGUCGUACGUUCCUACCCUCACCUACGGUCGUGAGCGUUGGGUAGUGACCGAAAGGACACGAUCACAGGUACAAGCGGCUGAAAUGAGUUUUCUCCGUAGGGUGGUUGGGCUGAGAAGCCGUGUCAACCGGAAGAAACUCAGAGUAGAGCCUCUGCUCCUCCGCAUUGAGUGGAGCCAGAUGUGGUGGCUCGGGCAUCUGGGGAGGUGUUAUGGGCACGUCCAACCGAUAGGAGGCCUCGGGGAAGACCCAAGACAUGUUGGAGAGACCAUGUCUCUCAACUGGCCUGGGAACGCCUCUGGAUCUGACGGGAGGAGCUGGACAAUGUAGCUGGGGAGAGGGAAGUCUGGGGUACCCUGCUUAGGCUGUUACCCCUGCGACCUGACCUCGGAUCAGCAGAAGGAGAUGGAUUUCCCAUGGAAACUAGGCGAAUUGUACCGUGCAUGGGCCCACUUCACACCUACAGUCCGGCAUGUCCAGCUAAUGUGAGAGUUUGGCAUGAUUGGAAGAGGGGGCCAGGGCACGGCACAAUCGCAGCGUCUUCAUGACAGCUGACACAUUUCAUCACAGAAAUAAAAUAUAAAGACUCCAAAUAAUCCAUGGCACAGUAAUUCAGGUUGUUUUUUUAGCAACGCAAUUGUGAAAUAGGUGGAUAACGUGUGCGCAUUGUUUUAUAUUUCAUUCUCUCAUAAGAAUCUACAUUUAGAGACAAGGUUGUGUUUGCAAAAAGUGCUUUUUCCUCUUCUGUUCCAUCCAAUGUUGUUUUGUCAGCGACAAUUCUGUAUGUCUUCCAUUCAGUGACACCCAUGAAUGCUGUUAACAGUUUAAAUAGUCCUCAGUUAGAAGCACAAGAGGUGCAAGAAUGAGCUUAUUGGACAGUUGAUGUCUUGAAUAAAACAGUUUUUCAUGGACACCUGUCUUGCUGGAUGGACACUACGCACAAACACAACACUGCUUCCUUAGUACUUCCUCCUCCUACUUCCAUGAAUUCUACAUAAGAGCAAAGGACUGGGUGAGUCAUCAUUAAUCAUCACUCAGCUGUGCGUGAUACGACACACACACUAAAGCAUGAAAUACGUGCACACACUUCAGAAGCAGACGGUGACGCGGUGUUGUCGUCAGGUGUAACCGGGGGAACAGGUUCUGAAAGACUUAUUUCAUUCAGUGACUGAAUAGUGAAGAAUCUGCUACUACGUAGUAGUACUACCAUUGUUACAUGAAAAAGUCAUGCCUCACAGUUGAGCUUGCUGAAGAACUUGCUAGUUCCUUCUUGUAACCAUGCUCUGGUUGCUACGCACAUCAUCCUAACACAGAUGGCCGAGUAAUAAUGCGGUCCAAGUAGAACACAACGUGAAAAAGACAGCGUUCCUGUCAUAUAGAAAAUCUUUGACAAGCGUUUGUGUGUCUGUGGGGGUUUUUUUGCAGUCCAUUCUGAAUGAGCGGUUUGUUGCAGUAGAUUCAUAAAAACAGCAGACGUUCUCAUCACACACAGGAUCGUUGACAAACAUUUUUUUUGCAGUAGAUUUUUAAAAACAGCAGAGCGUUCCUGUCAUAUAGAGGGUCUCUGAUGAGCUUUUUUGUUUCCAGUAGAUUUUUCAAAACGUUAAAGUAAUCCUGUCAUAAAGAGGAUUUGGAAGAACUACCAUUUUUGCAAGAACUUCUUAAAACAGCAGUGUUCCUGUCACAUAGAGGAUCUUUGACAAGCGUUUUUUUUGGAGUAGAUUCCUAAAAACAGUAGCGUGUUCCUGUCACACAGAUGAUUUUUGGCA